CCCAACACUAAUUUGGGUUUCGACCGCUCCGAGGGAUAAGAGAGUCUGGAGAAACGGGCUGUCUAUGUCGAAAUUUGAAGAUAUAAGAACACUUAGUGCUCAGCUUGACAGUGAAGAACUAAUCCUCAUCAUCCAGCAUCAACAUCAUCAUCAUCAGCUUCCUUCUUCAAUUCUUCAGCAGGCCUGACCUAGCAACGUGAUUACCACUCCGCCGCUAAUUCACUAUUCUAUAUUUUUGAGAUCUCCCUUGAUCAAUCCUAUUAACUAAUUCAAAAUGGCCACUACUAGCACUACCUCCGCUAUCCCCAUGAAGAACAACGUCGCUUACAACAGCGACUCGGAAUCAGACGGCCAAGCUCGUGGCGGUCGUCGUCCCCAGAACCAGCUCUCCCAAGCCGCCCAAGCUCUACCUAAGCUACCCACCUCGGUGGGAUUAGCCCAGCCAGCAGGCCAACUUUUGAGGGGUGCGACCGACGAGCACGGGAACCAGAAGUCCGCUGCUCUCCUAGUCGGUAUCAAGCUCGACCUGGAAGCGGAAGUCCACCUGACAGCCCGAGUCCGCGGUGACAUCUGUAUCGGUCUUUACUAAAAGCGAUGCGUAUACCUAAUAAAAGCGCGGAUUAUUGUUCUGAUUACGGAGGGAAACGCAUAGCGGUGAGAAAGUACUGUGAGAAGCGAAGCUGGAGCUGGAGCACACAAGAUACCCCAUUUUGCAAGGAUUAUUCAAGGCAUAACGAAUCAAGUCGUCCCAACACUGAUGUCUUUUACACGAGGCUGUGCGGGCUGGCUGGCCGCCGCAUAGCGAAGUUGAUAAUAAUAUC